UCAAAGGGGCCGACGUAACAAACGGUUACAUCGCGCCGGCGAUCGUGCAGCUGGCGUGCCGUCAACUGCCGCAUUCUCUUAAUUUUAUCGUGCGUCGUAACGCGUCUUCUCCAGCUCGACAACGACGUGGUGAAUAAGCCUAGUACCGCGGCGCCAAAUAAUUAUCACGUGUGCCACGUCGCGUGGAUAAAAAUGCCGCGCAAGAGAACGUUCACGCUUCACGAGGUAUUCUCUGGACGCAGGAACGGCACGAAGAAUCCAAGGUGAUCUUUGUGCUUUUAUUUCGCACAAAAUAUUGGUAUACUUCGUUCAAACAACUGUAGUCGCACAAAAAAAUGGAAGAGUUUCAAAGAUAUGAAGAAUCUAGUAUGUAUAAAGAACGGCAAUCUUGCAGUUUACGAAGAUUAGGAGAUAUGGUACCAGCACGAGUUGUGCUGUAUAUGCUCUCGUUUUCGGGAUUCCUCGUGUCUUUCAUGAUGAGAACGGACAUCAACAUUGCUAUGGUAGCCAUGGCGAAAAUACCAUCAACAUUGAACAAUGAAACUAUCGCUGUAUCGUCUCAUUGCUAUAUAAUAUCGAAUGCGUCACAUGUGGAAAAUAAGACUAUAAUUAGGCCGGAGGAGGAUGGCGAGUUCGAAUGGAGUCCAGCUAUCCAAUCAGCUAUUCUCAGCUCCUUUUACUGGUGUUACAUACUAUCACAAAUGCUUGGUGGUGUUCUCACUCAAUAUUUCGGCACUAAAACUAUAUUCGGCGGAUCUCAAGUCGUUACUGCCGUAUGCAGCCUUCUCAUGCCGACAGCCGCGGAAAUCCAUUAUGGGGCAAUGAUAGCAUUACGCAGUAUACAAGGCAUUGCAAGUGGACUUACAUGGCCCGCAAUGUAUGCUGUAAUUGGACAUUGGAUUCCACCUGUAGAACGCUCGCGCUUCAUGUCUUCCUUUCAAGGGUUCAGCAUCGGCAUUGGAUUGACCUACCCGUUGUGCGCGUUUAUCAUCGCUCAUUUUGGAUGGAGGAUCGUAUUCUACACGACUGGUAGCAUCGGUCUCGUUUGGUGCAUCUUUUGGUACUUCUGCGCCUUCGAUACCCCUGCUUCGCAUCCCAGAAUAUCUAAGUUGGAACUCCGUUAUAUUCAAGAAUGUGUUAGAAAUCAAGUUAUCGGAGCAAAUGAGGAUCUGCCUGUCCCUUGGAAAUCUAUACUCACAUCUUGGCCAGCAUGGGCUAUUGGUAUCACAACUUUUGGAAGAAUAUGGGUACAUUAUGUUUUUAUCAUUCCUGGUCCGAUGUACAUGAAGACAGUAUUAGGAUUUAGUAUACAGGCAAAUGGUAUUCUGUCAGGUGCCCCUUUUAUUUGUAGCUAUUUAAGUUCUGUUGUAUUUUGCUACAUCGCAGAUCUCUUGGUUACGCGGCAAAUCAUGACUUUAAUUACUGUACGCAAGAUAUUUACUGCGCUAUCUCAAGUGGUUCCUGGAAUUCUCGUAGUUUUAAUUGGGUACUUAGGUUGUGAUAUCAUUCUCGUUUUAAUUAUAUGGUUUAUAGCUGUUACUCUCAUAACAGCUGGUUACGCGGGUGCAAUGGCUAAUAUUGUCGACAUAGCACCCAAUUUCGCUGGACCGGUACUGGCAUUUGCACAGACAAUUCAUAUGACCGCUAGUUUUUUAUCUCCUAUAGCAGCUGGUUUGCUUACACAAGAAAGCCAAUCUCUUGAUGCAUGGAGAAAUGUAUUUGCAGUCACUGCAGGUGUAUGCUGCAGUACAUAUAUUGCCUACCAAAUGUUUGGUACAGCGGAUAUACAAGCAUGGAACUAUCCUGAUCAAAAAUAUCCUCAAUCUAUUCAAGAAGAUUCUCAGCCAUUAAAUGAUUUAUUUCAUGAGAGAAAUGAAAUUGUUUCGAGUCAAUCAAAUUUAUCGAAACAAACAUAAUGUAUCUUUAUUUCGACUUAUAAAUAUCAAAUUAAUUUUUAA